GAAUUAAGUUAAUUAAGAAUUUUUGAGUCAUUUUAAUAAAAAUCAGGGCCACCAAUAACAAUACCUAUGUAGAAAUUUGCAUUAGGUAUUGUUCAAUUAGCACGAGACUUUUGCGUCUGAGAAAAAGAAAGAGAUCGAGCGAGCAAGAGACUGGGAGCGACAAAAGCAGCAGAGCUCGCAAACCGCAAUUGAUUCUUUCUUUUUUUCGGUUCAGCUGAUUAUCUGUUAAAUCCGUUGGAUUUACGGAAUUCCAAUUGGGGAAUUGGAUGCCGAAAACUCUGAAGAUAGAAGAAGACGAAGAAAUCAUAGCUAGCUUUGCAGGAUUUUCUUGAUUCUGUUUGCUCGAGAAUAAAGAUCGAUUUGCCUUUUUCCCUUUCGAUUCCACGUGUAAAUUCGGGCAGCCGUUUGUUUCCCGGGAAACCGUAGAAAGAACAGAGAAAAGGCUUAGGGAAGGUGGCAGUGAUUGGGAUGUAUGAUGUUUUGUUGUGUAUUCAAAGAUCGUUUGCAGAAUUGGCUUCGUGACUAUGAUCGGCUUCAAUAUUUGGCCGUCAUCCUCAUCUACGUUCAGAUAGGAUGUGCCUUGAUUGGAUCCCUGGGAGCAUUGUACACUGGGGUUUUGCUCAUCAAUCUCAGCGUCGCAUUGUUUGCUCUUGUCGCCAUCGAGAGUAGCAGUCAGAGUCUGGGCCGCACGUAUGCCGUCCUUCUUUUCUCCGCCAUCUGCCUCGACAUUUCCUGGUUCUUCCUCUUCUUUUCUGAUAUUUGGAACAUUUCUCCCGAGAAGUAUGGAAUGUUCUUCAUCUUUUCAGUGAAACUUACUCUGGCAAUGCAAAUCGUUGGAUUCUCUGUGAGGUUAUCGUCAUCGUUCUUGUGGAUUCAGAUAUACAGGUUGGGUGUCUCAAAUGUUGAAAAUGGAGCUCCCAGAGAAGCAGAUUUUGAUUUGAGAAAUAGCUUUUUGAGUCCAACCACCCCUUCUGUAGCUAGGCAGUGCUCAGAGUCUGAUGUUAUAGGAGGCGCUGUUUAUGAUCCAUCUUACUAUUCAUCUCUCUUUGAGGAUAGUCAAGACAAUAGAGAACUGCAUGGGGAGAAAUCUUCUGGCUUGAGCGAAAAUGGGUCCACUUCCAGCACUGAUGUUUCUUGUCUAAAGGCAUACAGAGGCAUACCUUUCUGUAAUGUAAAUGAAGAGAGUGGAGCAGGGAAGGCCCAGAUGGUUUAAAUACAAUGACGGUUAGAGCAUGUGGAUUCGGUUUUUGGUAAACACUUUGCCAAUAUUUUUGGGUUUCAAGUGCGUGAAUGAUAAGGGCAUAUUUGGAUAACUAGCUGCCAAUCAUAUGGCGUCACGGAGGGUUAAGGAGGUCAGGUGGAAAUUAUAUUCUGGAUUUUGAUCGAUACCGAGGUUGCUGGGAUGAAAAGAAAGCAAGCAGCUGCCGCAACAAGGCCAUGAAUCAGUAACGAAAAGCUAGCGCAUUUUUUUUUUAUCUGGGAUUGCUGAGUGCUGAGUGCUGAGUGCUGACUGCUGAGGGUUAUAUAGUGUAACAGUCUCUCUUGUUCACAAAAAUUCAUUCUUUUGUGCUAGCAUUAUAUGGGAUGAAAUAGAAUAGCUUGCCUGGUUCUGUUUCUUUCCCCUCUUUUCUUUCCGCAUUCGUUGACGAAUACAGUGUGCUGCGCGUCUUAUUGUCCAAUCUUAUUGUCCACAGCUGACCUACUCUUAUGAUCUAUGAUCCUCGUUAGAGAGGAUUGAAUUCUUAGAUUCAUGGAUUGGUG